AUGGAGGACAACAGAAAACGAAACAUGGAACGCCGACGAGAAACAUCUCGAUACGCGGCACGAGAUCGUCGUUUUAAGGAAGGAGAGAUUUUCGAUGAACUCAAACAAGUGGUACCGAUUGUUGAAGAGGGUACAGUAACCCAUCUCGACCGAAUAGCACUUCUACGCGUCGCCGCCACGAUUUGCCGUCUUCGAAAGACAGCCGGUAAUGUUCUCGAAAACGACCUGGACAACGAGUUCAACAAUGAAGUGUGGAAUGAGGAGACGAUAGCAGAGUGUUUAGAUGGAUUCGUCCUGAUUGUGGAUAGCGAUUCGUCGAUUUUGUAUGUCACAGAGAGUGUCGCGUUGUAUUUGGGAUUAACACAGACUGACCUCACUGGCCGUGCUCUUCGCGACUUUUUACAUCCAGCCGACUACGAUGAGUUCGAUAAACAGACCAAACUUCUGCACAAGCCGAAAGACGAGGAAUCCGAUCCAAACGGAGUCAACAUUGUGCUCCGAAUGAAGACAGUGAUCAGCCCACGUGGUCGGUGUCUGAACCUGAAGAGCGCCUUGUACAAAUCCGUCUCGUUCUUGGUGCACUCAAAAGUUUCAACCGGGGGACACGUGUCAUUUAUGCAAGGCAUCACUAUACCUGCUGGACAGGGCACCACAAAUGCCAAUGCAUCUGCGAUGACAAAGUACACCGAAUCCCCGAUGGGCGCCUUCACCACCCGUCACACCUGCGACAUGCGAAUCACAUUUGUCUCCGACAAAUUCAACUACAUUCUGAAAAGCGAGCUGAAAUCUCUCAUGGGAACCUCGUUCUACGACCUAGUGCAUCCGGGAGACAUGGAAAUCGUGUCAAAAGCCAUGAAGGAGCUUUUCGCCAAGGGACACAACCGUACUCCAUACUAUCGGCUGAUAGCUGCAAACGACACUUUGGCCUGGGUCCAGACGGAAGCCACAACCAUCACACAUACCACUAAAGGACAGAAGGGACAGUAUGUCAUUUGUGUUCACUAUGUACUUGGAAUUCAAGGAUCCGAAGAGUCGCUGGUGGUGUGCACUGAUACAAUGCCAGCUGGAAUGCAAGUGGAUAUUAAGAAGGAGAUCGAUGACACUAGAGACUACAUUGGAAGACAGCCUGAGAUCAUUGAAUGCGUUGAGUUCACUCCACUGGUUGAAGGUGAUGAUAUGGAUGGAUAUGAGCCAGCGGUCAUUCCACAACAACAAAUUCCAGAGGAACCAGUGAAACAAGCUGAUAUGGGUAUCUACUCUGUUACGGAUGAGUAUGAGCAACGUAUUUAUGGACAAGUCUCGAAGUAUAUGGACGAUGACGUCGACAUGGACUCGGAUACCGAAUCCAUUGAGGACGCUGGCCUUGCGCCAGAGUUCGACGUGGAUUUAGCACCGUUUUACAAUAUUGAUAAGGAGGAAGAGGACAGCGGAGGCGAGGUUCAGACUGUUCUGACCCAGAUACUUAACUUCAUAAUUCAAUAUAUUCCAGGAGCACGUAAGAACAGCUACGAUGACGUUCUGCAAUGGCUUUUUCGAGACCAGCCAAGCUCUCCGCCGCCGGCACGCUACCGAUCGGCGGACCGCUUCCAAUCAACCGCCAAGACGACACAUUUCGACACCUCUCUGGCCUCGCCGCAAUUCAUGGAUUCAUCAUCUCGUGCCUCCCGCCCGCGUGCCAGUUACGGACGACGAGCUCAAAGCCACGGCGGGCGAAGCACGGCCACAACCAUCACAGACAGCUCUGGAUCGUCAGCAGCUUCUACGCAGCCGCAGAGCGCCAACUACUCGCCACUCGCAGAAGGCCUCUCACAGUGUGGAAUUAACAGUCCCCCGAGUAUCAAAUCUGGGCAAGUCAUGUACGGAGACUCUCGACCUAUGGUCAGCCGCUGCAGUCCGUCCGAUCCGUCACGACGCUUUUCCGCCGUUCCACCAUCAGAUUCUCUCGAUGUGUCGUCCGCUGAAAUGUCUGGACUCCACGACGUCUCCGAUGUGUUCGCCGCUAUGCCUUUUGCCGAUUCUCUCCUUGCCCAAGAGCAGGCGUCAGCAGCAGCCGACAACGUCACUCUCAACAACUCGUCGCCGACUCUAAACGCUUGCGAACCAAUCAUUUGUGGCAAGUCCUUUCAAGUUUUGUUCUUUUUUCAUGAAUUGAAUGUUCCAGACGAUCUUCAAUGGGAAGAGCCGGAUCUGUCGUGUUUGGCGCCGUUCGUGGACACUUGCGAGAUGAUGAACAUUGAUGAGGGACUGCUUCCACCAGAGCUUCAGGCACUGUACGACCUGCCAGAUUUCACACCGGCGGUUCCUUCAAUGCCAGCAGCUAUACCAGUUCAUAUUGACAGAAGUCCACCAUGUAAACGAAUGCACAUGAGUGGUCCCUCCGAUAUGGACUACAAUAUGUACAAUAAUCAGUAUCAACCAUUCCAACAAGACUCCUAUUGGCAGCCACAAACACGCGUUCCCGAGCAUCAGCAACAACAGAUGCACCGACAACAACAGUCCGACCCAUAUUCUCCAUUCUCAAUGCUCUCCUAA